AUGCUGUCGCAGCAAUUCCCUUACAUACCGGCGUGUCAUGCAGUGUACUUCAUUGUCGUGCUCUUCGCGUUGGCAUCGGCGGCAGCUCUGAUCUCCUGCCUGGAACCUCUCGUCAGCCGAAUCAACAUCGGGACGUCGAAGGUUCCCAAUAAGUUCCCAACUUGCUUCCAGACGCCCAUGGAGGUCAGGCAGGUGGCGCUGCUGGCGUUUGGUAUCUUCGUGGCAAUAGCCUGGUUCUUGCUGCGACGCAACGACACAUUCGGCUGGAUUCUGCAAGACGUGCUGGGCGUCGCAUUCUGCAUAAACAUGCUCAAGAGCUUCCACCUUCCCAACUUGAAGCUCCUUUCGCUGCUGCUGAGCCUGCUGCUCAUCUACGACGUCUUUUUCGUGUUCAUCACGCCAUUUCUGCGUGCGAAUCGCGAGAGCGUGAUGGUCGAGGUGGCCAAAGGAGGCAGCGUCAUGGAGACGCUGCCCAUGGUCAUCAAAUUCCCUCGGGUCGUGCGAGGCCCCUACCAGAAAUGCUUCCUGCUCAAAUUCUCCAUCCUGGGCCUCGGCGACAUCUUGGCACCAGGCGAGUAA